GUCUUCUUCUUGCAGACCGCAGACCUUCGGUCCACUAUUUCUCCUGCAGAUGUCUACAGUAGUGGUCCGCAGAUUGCAGACCUUUUCCUGCAGAAAAAACAAACACCCCCUAUGUCUGCGAAAGCUGCUGCAGAAGAGUGGUUGAAGUUGAUAUAAUUGUUAUGUGCAGUCUGUGUAUGGAAUUGUAAGAUUAGGACUUUUUUCUUCUUCUUCUGGAGGUGUUUGCGAAGACGAUGAGUUGCGCGAUCUCUUCGUAGAUUUAUGAUAUGGAAUUGAAGUGUUAUUGAGCGGAGGCUCCGGGAUCGGAGAAGUUAAGCAUGGUGGGAGCAGAGCACCACUGCGGUGGUGCUACCUAUUUGCAGAAAUUCCAACUCUAUGAGACUCGCUCGGUAUAUGUUCCGCUUUUGAUAUUGAGAUGUACUCGGUAUCAUGUGUAUGCAAUUGCUUGAGUGUUUUGAAGUUUGAUAUUCCUUCCUUACGGAUCUUUAGCUGUUCUCUUAUGCAUAGUUUUGGAGUUUGAACUAGGAGAUUCCGAGCAGCAUGAUCAUGCUUGUUAUUGACGGAUGAGUGUUUGCUUUUAUGUUAGUCGUCCUAAAACUGGAAUUUUAGGAUUGACUUGUAAUUGUGGCGCUUGGUCAACUGGUUAAUUCUUGUGUAUUUGAAUGUGUGGGAUCUAAGUUCUGAUCUAGGGUGUAUUCCAAUGACAUGCGUUUUCAGGAUCUUGAGCUUUUGGUCUUUACUACUCCCUUGUCUGGUUAUAGUAUGUUUAAAAACUUCAUUUAGUUAAUGCCGCGACCAUUUCAACGAAUGCUAGUUAUGGUUGGAGUAUUGCUUUCAAUUCCAGUACACAGAGAAUAACUGUGAGUCCUUGUUUUUUAAUAGAACUUUUAUAUGAUUGGGCGGGAUAAGGCCAGAACAUGCUGGCGACUCUUAAAGAUUGACAGAUUAGAGCCAUCCGAGCUAAAUAUUCAUGAAGAUUCCACAACAUAUUCCGAAGUUGAAUGCUAUGAGCUCAUGAAAAGAAUACACGAAGGAAACAAGGCAACUGGCGGACUUAAAUUUCUUACCACUUGCUACGGAAUUAUUGGUUUUGUAAAAUUUUUGGGACCUUAUUACAUGCUGCUUAUCACAAAAAGAAGGAAGAUUGGCUCUAUAUGUGGUCAUGCCGUGUAUUCCAUUACAAAAAGCGAGAUGAUCCCGAUUCCCACUUCUACUGUGCUAUCCAAUAUGGCUUUUUCUAGAAAUGAGAACAGGUACAAGAAACUUUUACGUACAGUGGAUCUCACAAAGGACUUCUUUUUCAGCUAUUCAUAUCUUAUUAUGCUUAGCCUUCAGAAAAAUUUGAGCAAUCAUGAGUCAGGACUUAUCCUCUAUGAAACAAUGUUCGUAUGGAAUGAGUUUCUGACUCGUGGGAUCCGCAAUCAACUCAAAAAUACUAUGUGGACUGUGGCAUUAGUUUAUGGAUUCUUUAAAGAGGUCAAUCUUCCAAUUUGUGAGAAGGAUUUCAAGUUGAUCCUUAUUGCAAGACGAUCCCGUCACUAUGCUGGAACUAGAUAUUUGAAGAGAGGUGUAAAUGAGAAGGGUCGGGUGGCCAAUGAUGUGGAGACUGAACAAAUCGUGGUUGAAAAUGUUCCUGAAGGGUGUCCAUUACAAAUUAGCUCUGUUGUGCAGAACCGUGGUUCUAUACCUCUUUUCUGGUCACAGGAAACUUCUAGACUGAAUAUUAAGCCUGAUAUUAUAUUGUCAAGGAAGGACCCUCGGUAUGAGGCCACUCAGCUUCACUUUGAGAACCUUGUCAAGAGAUAUGGGAAUCCAAUUAUCAUAUUGAAUCUUAUUAAGACCCGUGAGAAGAAGCCCAGGGAAUCAAUUUUGCGUGCAGAAUUUGCUAAUGCUAUUGAUUGCAUCAAUAAAAAGCUCUCUGAGGAAAACCACUUGAAGUUUCUUCACUGGGACCUAAAUAAAUUCACAAAAAAUAAAGCUACAAAUGUGUUGAUGGCUUUAGGAAAAGUGGCUGCUAAUGCAUUGGAAUUAACUGGGUUCUUCUAUUGUCAUGUUAGUCCAUCUUCAAGGACAGCAGAAUUGCUAAAUUUCCCGUGUGCUAGGAAUUACGAUUUGGAUGGAAUUCAAUCUACCAAGUGCCCAACCUUCCAAAGAGGGGUCCUAAGAACAAACUGCAUUGAUUGUCUAGAUCGUACUAAUGUUGCUCAAUUUGUAUAUGGGCUCGUUGCUAUGGGCCAUCAGCUGCAUGCUUUGGGCCUUAUAGGUGUGGAGAACAUAGAUUUGGAUUCUCCUUUGGCUGAUUCUUUAAUGAAGAUAUAUGAAGCAAUGGGUGACACUCUUGCGCUACAAUAUGGAGGGUCAGCUGCACACAACAAGAUAUUUUCUGAAAGAAGGGGUCAAUGGAAAGCAGCGACACAGUCACAAGAGUUUUUUAGAACGCUUCAGCGGUACUACAGCAAUGCUUAUAUGGAUGCUGAGAAACAAGAUGCCAUUAACGUGUUCUUGGGGCAUUUCCAGCCACAGGAGGGUAAACCAGCAUUAUGGGAAUUAGACUCUGAUCAGCAUUAUAAUGUUGGAAAGCACGGUGUAUCUAUUCACAACAUCAGGUCAAGAAUCAAACGGUCGUUCUCAGAUGGAAAUAUUAUCUGUCCAAGUGACUUACCUGCGGAAGAUGCUGAGGUUGAACACAGAGAAGACUGCAAGCCUUCAAUUCCCGGUACAAAGGAGGUCAAUAAUAAUGGAGUGCCAGAGUCUACACCAGAAAUCUCAACUAGUGAAAGCACUAUGUCAUUUUCCAGGUAUACCCCCACUAUGUCUGGCAAGGUGCUUUUCAUGGAAACACAAGAUGAGCAGUCACUUGAGCGCACAGAUUCCAACUUCUCAAAUUUUUUAGAUGUUGAGUGGCUUUCUUCGUCUGGGAAUUCAUGUGAAGAAGAGACAUAUGAGAGAUCGUUAGUCAUAGGUUCCCCAUCGAGUGGCCGAUCGUCAGAUGGCGUGGCAUGUGUUUCCAAAGCAGAAACAUGCCUUUCAGCUUAUGAUUCUGGGUUCAAUCUUAAGACGAACGGAGAUUUCAUCAACUACGACGCGGCUCAAGAAAACCUAAGACUGGGUGAAUUUUCUGAUAAAUUUGUGCACUGGGUCACGUUUGGAGACAUGCUUUUCCAUUGAAGUUGGAAAUUGGGAGGGGUUUCCCACACAGGUUUGCAUUGCCCAUAUAAUGUUGUAAUCCCAUAACAUAUACAUGUCGACCCAUCCGAAGGAUGCGGUUUGGUCACACAAUAAAACUUACCGGCUAUCAGGAUUAGGAAAAACGAAAAGAAAAAAAAAAGAAAAGGUGAGAAAUAAUAUUAUGAGAUUUUGGGUUUAGUCAGAUAGGACAAAGGAAAUACACCAUUGUAAAUAUCCUUUCAUAUUCUUUCUGGGGCUCUGCACCAGUGUUGGAUGAUAAUUGUUUGAACGUUACCAAAAAACAUGUAUAUAUCCAAAGAUUUUUUUUCUACAUUAGUCUCCCUUAUUCACUUCCACGAAUGUUUUUUCCUCCGGGGUGCAAGUAAAUAUAGUCAACCUAU